UAAACGGAGCCAAUACGUCAUUUCCGGUGUCAUGUGAACGCACCCUGCUUGCUAUCCUAGCUAAACAAGAGGCACAGAUAAUUGACUAAUAAUGGUGCUUUAAAAGCAUAUAUGUGACAUAAUAGUUGGCUAGUAGCAGUAUUAAUGUAUCGUCACAACGUUCUGACGUCUUUAUCAAGUGAAAAUGGUAUACCUUUCGUCUGCACAGUAUUUCCUCAUUGGUUUGAAUUUUAUGCAUGUAUUUGGAAGCAAUUGUGGUCCAGCAGAAUACAAAAAGUCUGAUGGGCAGUGCUGCCCAAUGUGUGGUAGAGGCUUGGUGGUCCGCAGAGAUUGUACAGUAGAUUCCAGCACAUCUUGCAUACCCUGUAUCAGAGGGACCUUCAUGAACGAGGCCAAUGGUCUAACCAAGUGCUUUCCCUGCAGUCCCUGUGACCCAGGACAGGGCCUGUUCACUCAGGCAGAGUGCAAACCAACAAGUAACACAGUCUGCGACGUUCCCGAUGGAUUCUACUGUAGAAGCUACUCAUCCAACUCUGAGUGUAGCUUUGCAGUAGAACAUACACACUGUUCACCGGGACAGAGUACUAAAUCACCUGGAACAAAGACAACAGAUACCAUGUGUGAGGAGUGUCAACAUGGCUUUUACUCACAACAUGGUGUCAACUGCACUGCUUGGACUGAUUGUGCAGCAAUGGGACACGUGAAGACUAAAGAUGGAAAUUCCAGUCAAGAUGUUAUUUGUAACAAAGUGCCACCAAGGAGUCAUGUCGCUAUAAUAGCUCCAAUAUUAUUAUUAGGCCUGACAGUAACUGUACUGUUUUGUUUCUACCUCGCAAGAGCUAAACGUAAGAAAGAGUUGUAUCGGUUCUCUGAGGUUCCUGUGCAAGAAACGGAACCUGUACAAGUCACCAGUAACUCCCUAGUGGAAACAGCAGAAAAUGUGCCUGGUAAUGUUGUAACUGAUGUUCCACUAAACUGAGGAAGUGCCAUGAAUGCAUGCAGAUACCCAGAAGGCACCUGCAUUUUGACUAAUACGUGCACUUAUCUGGAGUGGACUGUUAAAUACACAGACAGAAAUUGGUUAACUUUAUCCACAUGUUCUUAUAUCUACCUAAACAUUGUUACUUUUUAAUUACAUUUUUUAUAUUAACAGUACCUGUGCAUUUAACAAAACAAUUCAUAUUUCACUGUUUUGAUGAUUGUUUGAAUAACAUUUCAAUUGUAUUUUCAUGUUUUUCAUUCAAAUAUUUUUUAUUGAACACACACAGGAAUGGUGUAUAGGUAUGAAAGGCAGGUAUACAAUUUUUAACUAAACAUAAAAGAGCAGACAGAAAUAAAAAGAUCCAGAGUUCUGGGUACAAAACAAUUAUUACAAAACAAGACAUACAAAACAAGGACAGGUAGAAAGAAAGAGGGUGGGUGUCACCCCCCCCUUAUUCCCCCCCUUUAUCCCUUCCCCUUAUACCCCUCCCCGCUGCUCGGGUGGCGGUGCCAGCACGUGCUGCCCAGAGGUGGAUUAAAAUAUUACAAUGGAGAGUGCGUUAAAAAGUACAAAUUCACAGUGCCGAAUGGUCCAAGUAAGAGAGGAAAGGCUGCCAGAUCUGAUCAAAUGUUAAUAAUUUAUUGUUCAGAAUAUAUCUAAUCCUUUCUAAGUGUACAGUGUUUGCCAAUUCGCUGAGCCAUAAUUUGGUAGUGGGCGCUUCCCUCUUUUUCCAGAACAACAAGAUUAGUUUUUUUGCCGAAAUGAGACUGUAAGAGAUGAGUUGUUUUUGGGUGUUGGUUAGUCCGAUUAGGGAAUCAGACACUCCCAGGAUUAUCAGAAGCGGGUCUGGGUCAAUUGAAGUCUCCAGAACUUCAGAGAGGAUCCUAAAAAUUCCACACCAGUAACCAUGCAAGCUAGAGCAUAGGGCAAAGCAGUGGAGAAGUGUACCCUGUGCAGCCUGACAUUUAUCACACAUAGGGGAUGUAUCAGGAAAUAUCCUAUGCAGUUUGGUUUUGGAAUAGUGUAAUCUGUGUAAUACCUUGAAUUGUAUGAGCCAAUGUCUGGAGUUAAUGGAGCAGGUGUGGAUAUACUCCAAGCUAUCUUCCCAGUCUGCCAUCGAAAUGUCAGUCCCUAGUUCUUCCUCCCAUUUUGCCUUAAUGGCAUCUGUAGAGGGUGUGCUAACCGAUUGAAAAGAAUCAUAUAAACGAGAUAUCAGUUUGUCUGAGGUGGGGGAUGUUUUUAUGCAUCCGUCAAACAUGGAAGGCUUAGCGUUCCCAAAUGUUGGGAGGUGUUUCCUAACAUAGUCUCUGAUUUGUAGGUAUCUGAAAAAGUUACUUCUGGGAAGAUUAUAAGUUUCCCUCAGCAACUCAAAGGAAGCAAAGGUCCCUUCUAUAUAUAAAUCCCCUAUGGAACUUAUCCCCAACUCUCCCCAUUGCUCAAAGGUGUUAUCAAGGUUGGAGGGGGCAAAGGAGGGGUUCCUGGCAACAGGGAGCAUGAAUGACAUUGGUCUAAGCUCAAAGUGGUUUUUAAUUUGCUUCCAGAUUCGGACUGUGCAAUGUAUAAUAGGAUUGUUACGAUAAAGUGACCUCUCCAGAUUGACAGGCGACAAAAUCACAGCACCAAUAGAGAAGGGGUGACACUCCUCCCGCUCCAUACUAAGCCAGGUGGGUGACGGACGUGCGUCAUCCAGCAAAAACGUAACCGCACGGAGGUUAGCGGCCCAAUAAUAAAAUAUAAAAUUUGGGAGAGACAAUCCUCCUUCCAUCUUGGAUUUGCAGAGGUGUUUUUUACCUAUCCUGUGUGUUUUAUAAUCCCAGAUGAAAGGAUUGAUAAUUGAGUCCAGUUGUUUAUGAAAGGAUUUAGGUAUGAAUACUGGGAUGUUCUGGUAUAGGUAGAGCAGUUGUGGGAGGAAGACCAUUUUAAUGGCAUUAAUUCUUCCGAGCAGAGAAAUUGGGAGAGUUCUCCAAAAUUGUAUGUUUGUCUUUAGUUUUUGCAUCAGCGAGGGGAAAUUCUCUUUAAAUAGUAAGGAAUAUUGUUUGGUAACUACAAUUCCUAGAUAGGUAAAUUUUUCUGAAGAUAACUUAAGUGGAAGAUGUUCUAGCCAGGAGGUGUUUUGUAACCGUAUGGGCAUUAAUUCACUCUUGUUCCAAUUUAUUCUGUAUCCCGAGAAGGUACCAAACAAAUUAAUCACAUCAAGGAUAGCUGGAAUACUAGCUUGGGGUUCUGUUACAUAGAGGAGAAUGUCAUCUGCGUAUAGGGAAAUCUUAUUUAGAGUAUCUUUAGUAUUAUAGCCGUGUAUUGCUGCAUCAGAUCUAAUCGUCUGAGCGAGAGGUUCAAUGAUUAGGGCGAAGAGCAUAGGCGACAGCGCACAACCCUGCCUUGUCCCUCUGUAGAGGUUAAAUCGGGGCGACAAUGAUUGGUUAGUGAGUAUUCUCGCACAGGGGUUCCUAUAUAAAAGCUGGAUCCAAUUUAUGAACCCAUCUCCAAUAUUACGUUUCUGUAGGACUUUGAAUAGAUAGGACCACUCAACUUGAUCAAAAGCCUUCUCGGCGUCAAGAGAUAUAACGGCAAGGUCUACGUUUGGUAACCUCUGAGAAUACAUAAUGUUGAAGAGGCGCCUGAGAUUGAAGAAUGAGUUUCUGUUCGGGAUAAAGCCGGUCUGGUCCGAAUGGACCAGUUUUCCAAUUAAAGUGCUAAGCCUGUUAGCCAGGGUUUUUGCUAAAAUCUUUUGGUCUGUAUUGAGGAGGGAUAUUGGUCUGUACGACCCUACCUCUUCCGGAUCUUUACCCUUCUUAUGUAUAACUGUAAUGAAUGCUUCAUCCAAAGUAGAUGGGAGAGCUCCAUCCUCUCUGGACUGAACCAACAUUUUGUGCAGGUAGGGAGAGAGCAUGUAGCUGAAUGUUUUAUAGAAUUCACCUGGGUAUCCAUCUGGGCCUGGGGUCUUGCCACUCUUUAGAGUUUUGAUUGUUUCUCGAAUUUCUUCAAGAGAUAUUUCCUUAUUCAGGAAGUUAGAAUCUUCCUGGUUCAGGGCAGGAAGAUCACAGUCAUCCAAAAAGUUUUGCAUAAUUAAGGGGUUAGAAUCGGCUUUAGAUGUAUAUAGAGUCUCAUAAAACUGACGGAAUCUGUCAUUGAUGUCUUUGGGGGAAGAGAGUAAUUCCCCAGAUGCAGAUUUAACUUUGUGAAUCAUUCGGUCACUCACAAUUUUUCGAAGUUGUCUGGCGAGUAAUUUGUGUGGUUUGUCACCAAACUCAAAAUAUUUUUGCUUGGCGUAGAGAAAAGAUUUAGCAAUUUUAGCUGAGAGAGUCUGAUUAUAUUCAAAUUUUAAAGAGGUAAUUUUUUUAUGUUUCUCCAUAGAUGGAUGUCUAGCAUUCUCCCUAUCCAGUAAGUGAAUUUGUCCCUCCAGUUCUACCAAUUUUCCCUUGUUUUGCCUACUCCUGGCAGUCUGAUAGGAGAUGAUACAGCCUCUCAAAUAAGCCUUAACUGUUUCCCACAGUAAUGCUGGGGAAGUCUCUGUGUUGUCGUUGGUGUCAAAGAAAAAUGUUAUUUGGUCUUUAAGAUGUUCACAGAAUGUUGGUUCUGUGAGGAGCUGAGGAUUUAACCUCCAGACCCUCUCGUUUGGUACCAUGUCACCCAAUCUCAGGGAGAAGGUGAGUGGACUGUGGUCCGAGAUUAUAAUAUCAUGAUACUUCACAUUACAGGUAUAGGGGAGUAGUUUUGCAUCAACCAAAAAGUAGUCAAUUCGAGUAUAAACAUUGUGAACAUGAGAGUGAAAGGAGUAUUCCCUACCCGUAGGGUUAGUGAUCCUCCAUAUAUCAAAUAAGUUAGAAUUCUUUAUGUAGGUAUUCAAGAAUUCACUUGAAUAUGAGGUGGGGGUUCGCCGGGUAGAGGAUCUGUCCAAAUAUUGGUCUAGCACGCAGUUAAGGUCCCCUCCAAUGAUCAGGUUAGUAUGGGAGAUAUCUGGAAUCAGGGCAAGGACUCUUUUGAAAAAAGAGGGGUUAUCAAUGUUUGGCCCAUAGAUAUUUAGUAGAGUUACAGAAGUAGAGUGGAUCUCUCCUAUUACGAUCACAUAACGACCCUCUUUAUCCACAAUAGUGGUUUUAUGUAGAAAGGGAAUUCCUUUCCGUACCAGAAUCGCUGUGCAUCUCGUUUUGGCAGAGAAGUUAGAGUGAUACACUUGCCCCACCCACCUACAUUUAAGUCUGCUGUGAGAAUUAUUUUUCAGAUGGGUUUCUUGCAAAAAAUAUGAUAUUACGAGUGCUUUCAAGUGGGCUAGGACCUUGCCUCUCUUAAUUGGUUCGUUUAAGCCCUUAACAUUCCAGGAAGUGAAUGUGAGGCCCGCCCCCCUCUAAUUUGUAGUUCCUAUGGUGGCCUGCAUAACUUGUAACUCAAUAAAAAGGUAAGAAAGCGCACCAAACCAUCACGAUCAGCAUAUGUAGCAGCUACACCCGAGCAGUAUCCAACCAGCCCCUCCCCCCCUGCAAGCCCCUUUACUUCCCACCCUGUUCCCCUACUUUCCCCACUAUUUACCCCCCCCGAUCAACCCACCUUUAACAGGCAUACACAAAUAGGAGAGAAAAUAAAAUAAAAAUAAUAAACACAUUGUCUGGCCGAUGCCAAAAAAGCACGGCGCGACCUCGAACAAGAGGUGAAACAAAAAUAAAAUCCCAACUGUAUGUUCACCUCUCACUAUCCUAGAACUUCUACUAACAUAUGAACUGAGGAGGCUCCCGCGAAUAAAGUGUCCAAUUAGCAUCUAAUAAACCUAAAGAGAAUAAGUUGCAACCUAAACAUAUUGCGCACUUAAGCGUCAUCUUGGGUCUAUCUAUCCCUGAGAUAAGCAAGAUAUAGCAUCACAAGAUUAUUUUGCUAAGCACUGCCGGUCUAAACAUGAACCAUCAGCAACCAACUUAGACAGCCGUACAUUUACAUAUUGUGGGUUAGAUCGGAAACAAGAAUUUUUCUAAAUUAAACGUAUCCCCCAGUCAGAAAAUAAAUAAAUAAAAAGGUUAUAUACAUGUAUACAUACACACACAUACUUACCCAUAUACAUAUAUGUAUACAUACACACACAUACAUCCCCAAAAAAUACAUAUAAAGGUAUAUAUUUAAAAAAAUAUAUAUAUACACACACACCCAUACAUAUAUACAUAUGCGCAUAUACACAUACAUACAGAAACAUUCAUGCCCCAGAGUAAUAAUCCACACUAAUUUAAAAUAUACACAUACAUAAUAGUAAAAUGCUAAGAGAAAAUUAUAAAGUACAAAUAAUAAUUAUAUGUACGCACACCUACCUAGACACUACAGAGGGCUGGUAGGGGUCUAAUCGGGAGAGCGGCCCUCGGCUAUAUCAAAGGCAGAACGGCACAAAACAUCACCUUGCUAUCCAGGUGUCUGUGUCUGCCCCUUCCCCACCAUCACCCCCAGUCCCCUGCAAGCUUUAAAUAAAUGGUAUUGUAAUAACAAUAAAUGUAAGAAUAACAAAACAAAAAAUGGGGGGAAUAUAAGUAUAUUCAUCCGAAAGUGUCAAUAAUCAAACCUGGAAGGCAUCCUAAAUAGGCAUCGCUCUGAACACAGCCAGAAUGAAAGUGACUUUAAUUGAGAGCCAAGACUGCCCUCCACAGCAUCUUACAUGUUCGGUAGCCCUUGUUGAGACCGUUCAAUACGGUUUCACCCGUUAUGGUUUAGUAUGGAUUCGAUUCCAUGAGCAGACCCUAACACACAAUGACAAGGCACUCUAACCUGUACGGGGGAUUGGCGUAUGUUCCCGGAUAAACUUCUCUGCGUCCAAAACCGAGGAGAGCCAAAUCUUCUCACCGGAGGGCGGGGUAAUUCUUAGUCUUGCAGGGAAGAGCAAGGCUGGGCGAAGAUGGAGUUUGUAGAGUUUGGCCAUGACAUCUCUGUAGCCGCCACGGUCCUUUGCCACAUCGGGCACAUAAUCAUCAUAGACACGGAAGGGGUGCCCUUUAUAUAACAGGUUUCCCCUCAUUCGGGCCUCGCGCAGGAUAAGAUCCUUGGUCUUGAAACUGUGACAACAGAUGAUUACUGGGCGAGGGCGUUGACCCGGUCCAGGCACUGGGACAGGGGCGUGAUGUGCACGGUCCAGCUGGGGGUCCGAAGCCAAAACAUCCGAUCCCAUUGCAUCCUUCAAUAGCUUGGCGAAGAAGUCGGUGGGGCGAGAGCCCGCCUCUACCCCCUCUGCCAGACCAACAACGCAAAGGUUAUUACGUCUGGAACGGCCCUCCAGGUCGACCACUUUCACAGAAAGCCUCUGCACAGUACCCUGUAGUGACGAGCACAGCUUCUCUAACUCGUCGAUCCUACCAGCGCUGAAUUCAGAAGCCCUCUCAAGGUCCACAAUACUCUGGUCCUGCGAAGCGACCGCUCGAAUGGUGCCCUCGAUUUUGGUGUCCAGUUCAGCAAUAGUAGCCUUAAGAUCCUCAGCUAAAGCAACACGUAGUUCUCCCAAAGCCUGGGUAAGUUCUUUAAGUGUCACGUUGUUGCCUGUGCCUUCCGCCAUGUCUGUCUCGUUGUUUGGUGUGGAGUAGGCCUCCGAUGUGGAUUUAUUGUCCUUUGGUCGCUUAUUACUCGGCAUUUUUACACAGAAAGUUACGAUGUUGUAUUAGAAAGAAAUGUUUGUUGUAAAAAGUAUCAUAAAGUAGGUUAAGUUAGAUUAUUUCGCAAAAAAGUUGCAGGAGCCUCUCACACGCAGCCGUUCACUCCAACAUGCUAGCUCCGCCCCCCGUAUUCCCAUGUUUUAACACACUUGUACAUUUGUCAAUAUUGCCAAAAAUGAUCAACAUCAGAAUACAGUGGUGCCACGGGUGCACCAUGGACAUGUAAAUAGUACACACAUGUAAAUAGUGCUAUACAUGCACCCAAUUGUAUUGUCGGCUGAUAUGACUUUUGUUGGCCUUGAUGUUUUUUGCAUUGUUUUCCUCUUAUUUUUCUCUUUUGUUCAUGUUUUGUUGUUGGUGGGGGCUUGGGGGUGUAUAAUGAUUUAAUUGUAUUUAUUUUUUGGCGGGGGGUUGUUAAGGAGCAGCUCUCUGGGAACUGUGGGGGGCAUCUUGGAGGGCUGGGGGUUGAGAGCUUGGGCCGGUGGCUGAUAGGUUGCUGGAGAUCUGUUGACGUGCUCUUGAGCAGGGCACUGCCCCUGGUUGCUUCUGUGAGUCGCUCUCAAUGGGAGUCCGUUAGAUGACUGAAAAAUGUAAACGUAACAUAAACAACAACAAAAAAGAGCAGCUACAAGUAGAUUGUAUGUUUUAAUAUUCAAUUAUAAAAAAUACACUACCGGUGUAUUCAAAUAGCCACCCUUUGCCUUGACAGCUUUGCACACUCUUGGCAUUCUCUCAACCAGCUUCAUGAGGUAGUUACCUGGAAUGCAUUUCAAUUAACAGGUGUGCCUUCUUAAAAGUUAAGGUCUGUCAAUACAGAACAUUUCAAGAACUUUGAAAGUUUCGAUUGCAGUCGCAAAACCCAUCCAGCGCUAUGAUGAAUCUGGGUCUCACGAGGACUGCCACAGGAAGAGAAGACCCAGAGUUACCUCUGCUGCAGAGCAUAAGUUCA